CACCGAUCCGUGUAUUUUGAUUACCUGAUAAUUACACAAAAUAUGCCGACUGCGUUCCACCACAUAAUUCAAUUUGCCAUGAAGCACACUUUUGAGGUCGCUACGUUCUUCACGCUCGUGUCGUCUUUCGUCGCUGGUCAAUCUUUGCACAGCAGUGACGGCCGUGCACGAACCUUUGAAGAAGAAACUUUCAUCUGGAACGAUGCCGAUACCAACCGCGCUUGCCACAAGCUAAACGACAACUAUAUCCCGUCCCUCAAGGCCGGCCAGUACUCGACCAGUGCGUUCCACAACUGCUACCGCACCAUCGAUCAAAUCUACGAGUUCACCGAUACCUUGGUCAAACAAAACCCGAAGUUGCUGAGCAAGUUUGCCAUCUCCAAGACGUACAAGGGGGCCACGAUUUACGGGUACAAGUUGACCAAGGGCCACUCGCAGUCUUUGUACUUUCAAGCCCAGCAACAUGCCCGCGAAUGGGUCGCGGGGUCGUCGAUUCUGUUCUCGUUCGCGUCGAUUCUCGAUGACAUUACCAAUAACAAACCCACGGCCGCCGACGAGUACGACUUGUACUUUGUGCCAAUUGUCAACAUUGACGGCCUCGAGAUCUCGUGGUCGAGAAACCGGUACCAGCGGAAAAGUGCCAACGAAGUUGACUUGAACCGCAACUGGCCCACGCCCAUCAAGAACCCCAACCCCCCCUCCAAGAACAGCGAAACGUACCCUGGCACUAAGCCGUUUAGCGAGCCCGAAACCGCGGGUAUCAAUGCCUGGAUGGAAACCAAACGCGACGAAAUCCAGGGGUAUUUGGACAUUCACACGUACGGAGGGCUCAUCUUGUACGCGUACGGGGACACUAAACAACCCAUCGGCGGCGGCUUUGACGAAAAGUUCAAAGUACUCGGGCGUGGAUUGCAAAACGUGAUGGGGGCGUACAAGCCAGAACCGUCGUACGAGUUGUACUUGGCAUAUGGGACGUUUCCAGAUUAUGCAUUCCGCGAGUUCAAGAAGCCUGCCUUGACGAUUGAAAUUGUCGGCAAUGAUUUCACCGCGCCCGCGUCGACCAUCAAGACGCGAGGCCUCGAAGUGUACAAAGGCAUCAACCAGUUUGCCAAGGAAGUCACUGUAUUCAACGGGGGAGCGAUCACGAAACCCCCGAGAAACACGACCAAUGCGCCCGGGCCAACGACUGCCUCUCCCGACGGCUGCAAGAAAUGCCAAAUGUGUUACUACCACAAGUGGGACUCGUGCUUUACUGACUUUACCAAGGACGACUGUGACUACUACAACGCCGAAUACAGGACUGUAUGGUGUGGAGGUCCAUAAGACAGAAGACCUAUUACUGUAGUAGCAUCCGUGUGAAGGAUAACGUUAUGAUGUGAAUACAAUCGGUGGGUUCGGAA